AUGGAAAAUUUCGCGUGCUUAAAACAAGUCUUUUGCAACUGUGCGCUUUGCAGACAAUUCACUUUGGUUCAACAGGUCCCAAAGAUUAAAACGACCAAAUUGUGUGUUUUGAUAUUACUUUCUCUUCAAGAUUUGUACAACGAUAAGGAAUACUUCUCCCUCAAAACUGACAUCUUUGUCUUCAUUAAGUCUCACUGGGACGUUCUCAACAAAUUUAAGCAAUUCAAGCAACCAAACUGGAAGAAAGCCAUUUUAGACGCGUUCAACCAUUGCACGUCGAUUCAGUCGGGAAAAGGUGUUUAUAAAACACGCGGGUUUUAUAAGUUAAAACCAGAAGAGAGGAUGUUUGGGUUUGAGGAAUUUAGUGAGAAAACUCAAAUGAAAAAAGACCUAAUCGAAGCUUUCACACAUUUACAAGAGGCAAUACAGAAGAAUGCUUUAUUGUUUUCUGAAGUACAAAAGAAAUGUCGCAUUGUAAGUGCUGAUGACUAUAAUUAUGUUUUAAAUACACACAACGCCUCAUUUUUAGAGUUGGGAAAUUUUGUCCAAAUGAUGAAAGUUAAUAAGGCGUUGUAA